CGGGGGCUGACUUUUUCCAGUAUAAGGCUGAGUCAACUUCUCUGAUCCAGACGUCACCAUGCCGUACAAAGGUGAGUGUGGCGACGAUGAGGACCCCAUGCCAUUCCUGAAGCCCACGGAUUCGGAGAAGCUGGAGUUCCAAGCCCGUCCCUUUGACAUCAAGAAAAACUGUUGGGUCAAAGAUGAGAAGGAGGGCUUCAUGCAGGCGCUGAUCCAGGAUGAUCACGGAGACAACACCGUGUCCGUCAAGUUUACCGUCAAUAAUGAGAUCGCCAAGGUGAAGAAGGACAUCGUGCAGGAGAUGAACCCUCCCAAGUUUGAGCAGAUAGAAGACAUGGCCAACCUCACCUUCCUCAACGAAGCCAGCGUUCUCAACAACCUCAAGGAGAGAUACGUCAAAAUGCGCAUCUACACCUACUCUGGGCUCUUCUGCGUCACCAUCAACCCGUACAAGUGGCUGCCCAUAUACGGGAGCAGAGUUGCCAAGAUGUACCGUGGCAAGAAGCGCAACGAGGUGCCACCUCACCUCUUCUCCAUCUCCGACAAUGCCUACAGCGACAUGCUGAUAAAUAAAGCCAACCAGUCUAUGCUGAUUACCGGGGAAUCCGGUGCCGGCAAGACUGAGAACACUAAAAAGGUCAUCCAGUACUUUGCCAACAUUGGAGGAGGCAACAAACAGAUCGACCAGAGCAAGGGCUCCCUGGAGGAUCAAAUCAUCCAGGCCAACCCUGUGCUGGAGGCCUUUGGCAACGCCAAGACCACAAGAAACAACAACUCAUCCCGAUUUGGAAAAUUCAUAAGAAUCCAUUUCGCCGUGUCUGGAAAACUUUCCGGAGCGGAUAUUGAAACAUAUCUGCUGGAAAAGUCUCGGGUAAUCUCCCAGCAGCCUGCAGAACGAGGCUAUCACAUCUUCUAUCAACUCCUCUCGGGGAAAGUACCCAACCUCCUGGAGGAAGUCGGUCUGGUCAAUAACCCGAAGGAGUAUGCCUCCAUCUCCCAGGGCGUCACCUCUGUUGAAAACAUGGACGACGCCGAAGAAAUGAUGCUUACCGACGAAGCCUUUGAUGUGUUGGGCUUCACUCCGGAAGAAAAGAUGAGUCUGUACAAAUUGACGGGCGGCAUCAUGCACUUCGGCAACAUGAAGUUUCGGCAGAAGCCCCGAGAGGAGCAGGCGGAGGUCGAUGGCACAGAAGUGGCGGACCGAGUGGCUUGCCUGGCAGGGAUUGACUCAAGCGAGCUGCAAAAGGGCAUCACGCGGCCCAAAGUCAAGGUUGGAAAUGAAUACGUGCAGAAGAGCCAAAACAUGGAUCAGUGCGUGUCCUCGAUCGGUGCCUUGGCCAAAGCCAUCUACGACAGAAUGUUCAAGUGGCUGGUGGCUCGCGUCAACAAAACCCUUGACACAACCAAGCCGCGGCAAUACUUCAUCGGCGUGCUGGACAUCGCUGGCUUUGAGAUCUUUGAGUUCAACAGCUUCGAGCAGCUGUGCAUCAACUUCACCAACGAGAAGCUGCAGCAGUUCUUCAACCACCACAUGUUCGUGCUGGAGCAGGAGGAGUACAAGAAGGAGGGCAUCGACUGGGUCUUCAUCGACUUCGGCCUCGAUCUCGCUGCCUGCAUUGACCUCCUGGAGAAGCCGAUGGGCAUCUUCUCCAUCCUGGAGGAGCAGUGCGUCUUCCCCAAGGCCACGGACGCCACCUUCAAGGCGGCCAUGUACGACAACCACCUGGGCAAGUCUGCGCCAUUCCAGAAGCCCAAGGCGGGCAAGAAGGCUGGGCAAGAGGCCACCUUCGAACUCGUCCACUACGCCGGCACGGUGGGCUACAACACGCAGGGGUGGCUUGAGAAGAACAAGGACCCGCUCAAUGAGACGGUGGUGAGCCUCUUCCAGAACUCCAGCAUGCCCCUUCUGUCAGUGCUCUUCAAGGAGGAGGAGGCAGCAGCCGGCGCCAAGCAAAAGCAGAAGAAAGGAUCGGCCUUCCAGACCGUAUCAGUGUUUUAUAGAGAGCAGCUGAACAAGCUCAUGGCGACUCUUCACAGCACCUCUCCUCACUUUGUCCGCUGCAUAGUCCCCAAUGAGUUCAAGAAAUCAGGCAUGGUGGACGCUCACCUCAUCCUGCACCAGCUGGCCUGCAACGGCGUGCUGGAGGGCAUCCGUAUCUGUCGCAAAGGCUUCCCCAACAGAACUCUGUACCCCGAGUUUGUGCAGCGUUACUCAAUCAUUAACCCAGUUGCUGGAAAGACGGAGACUGAUCCUAAGGCCAUCACAGAGAAGGUUUUGAAAUCCACAUAUCUCGUGGAGGAUGAGUAUAGGAUUGGCUUCACAAAGGUGUUUUUCCGGGCCGGCGUUCUCGGCAAACUGGAAGACAUCCGCGACGACUGCAUCUGCCGCUUCAUCACCAAGCUGCAGGCCUCUUGCCGCGGCAAAGUUUUCCGCCGUGACUUCCAGAAGGUCCUGGACAAGAGCGAGUGCGGUAGCAUGGACGGGCUGCCUGGCGGUUGA